CCCAUCAGGCCAUCACCAAGGCCCGCCUUGGCUAAAACCCCUCUUCAUGUUCCUCCUUCGAGCCACCGCCACCACCCCGCUCCACCUGCUCCGAUGCCACCCGCUCCCCUCGCCUAAAACCCUAGCCACCACGCUCGCACACCCGCCCCCGCUCCUCCUCCGCCCCCGCCUAUACUCGUCGGCCUCCCCCCGCCGCCGCUCAAUCACCGCCACCCCCUCUGUCGCCAAAUCCAGCGAGAAGAAGCCGCCCGCGAGACCGAAGAGGGCGGAGGCUGUGCUGCCACUAGCCGCGGCCAACGCGGGAGCGGAAGCCAUGUCGUCCUCGGGCGGCGCCGGGGGGAAGCGCUCCGUGGCGGAUGUGCUCAUGGGGAACGCGCGGGACGCCGCCAGGAAGGCGAAGAAGGGGGCCGCGGGCGCCUCCGGGGCGGCGCCGUCCCCGAAGAAGCCCAGGGCGAAGACCACCGCCCAGGGCGACGACGCGGCUGUCGAGCAGGCGGUGGCGGAGAAGCCGCCUUCGCCGGCGAAGUCAAAGCGCCCGUUGUCCCCAGCUAAGGCCAAGUCCCAGGCUGAGACCUCGCCUGCCGAGAAGAAGAGGUCGCCGUCGCCCACGAGGUCCAAAAAGCUAGCCGCGGCCCCUAAAUUGGAGGCCGAGGAGAAGCCCCCUUCACCAAAGAGGUUGAAAACCCUAGCGGCUAAAUCUGACGCCAAGCUCUCUGACGACGCCCUUCUCUCGCAGUCUGACGAGAAGCAAAAGAGGACAUCCCCAUCGCCGACCAAGGCUAAAGGCCAAGCGUCCCAAUCCGAAGAUAAGACGAGGCCCUCAUCACCGAAGAAGAGCAAAACCUCAAAUGCCACCAAGUCCGAGGAGAGGAAUACCACUUUUGAGCUCAAGAAGAAAGGCAGUGAAUUUGAUCCCAUGGCUGCUGCCUAUUGGAAGCCCACUGAGCCUGUGCCCUUCCUGUUCCUGGCUCAGGCGCUUGAUCUCAUCUCCAACGAGUCUGGCCGGAUUGUCAUUACAGAGAUCCUGUCGAAUGUGUUCCGGACGAUUAUUGCCACCACACCAGAAGAUCUCCUUGCGACAGUAUACCUCUCAGCCAACCGGAUUGCGCCACCCCAUGAGGGGAUUGAGCUUGGAAUUGGGGACGCAUCAAUCAUUCGUGCACUUGCUGAAGCAUAUGGUCGCAAAGAGGAGCAUGUCAAGAAGAACCUCAAGGAAUUGGGAGAUUUGGGGCUUGUGGCGAAAGCAAGCAGGUUGUCACAGAAGAUGAUGUACAAGCCAAAACCACUGACAAUAGCACGUGUGCUUGAUACCUUUCGGACAAUUGCCAAGGAGUCCGGCAAAGAUAGUCAAGAUAAGAAAAGAAGUCAUAUCAAAGGACUUCUUGUUGCUGCAACAGACUGUGAACCUCAAUAUAUUAUACGCCUUCUUCAGUCAAAGAUGCGUAUUGGCUUGGCAGAGAAAACUGUCCAAAUGGCUCUUGGGCAAGCUGCUGUAUAUUCUGAAGAAGGAUCCCCGCCAGCAAAAGUUCAAUCACCCUUUGAAGAGGCCGCAAAAAUAAUUAAACAAGCAUAUUCAGUUCUUCCUAUCUAUGAUAGAAUUGUACCGACUCUUCUUGAAGCCGGUGUCUGGAAACUUCCAGAAACAUGCAAUUUCUCCAUAGGUGUCCCUGUUGGCCCUAUGUUGGCAAAAGCAACAAAAUCUGUUUCAGAGAUCAUCGACAAGUUCCAAGGACUUGAGUACACUUGUGAGUACAAGUAUGACGGUGAACGGGCCCAGAUUCAUUGCAUGGAGGAUGGAUCAGUAGAGAUUUAUAGUCGGAAUGCUGAACGGAACACUGGGAAGUAUCCUGAUGUUGUUGAUGCUGUUUCUAGAUUCCGAAAGCCUGCAGUCAAGUCAUUUGUGUUGGACUGCGAAAUUGUUGCUUAUGACCGUGAAAAGAAGAAAAUUUUACCUUUUCAGAUACUUAGCACAAGGGCCCGCAAGGGUGUUACCAUAAAUGACAUCAAAGUGUCAGUCUGUACUUUUGGCUUUGAUAUUCUUUACAUCAAUGGGAAACCUCUUCUCCAGGAACAACUCAAAGUUCGUCGAGAGCAUCUUUACAACUCUUUCGAGGAAGUACCCGGUAUUUUUCAGUUGGCAACUGCAAUUACAUCAAAUGACCUCGAGGAGAUACAAAAAUUUCUUGAUGUAGCUGUCAACUCCAGUUGUGAAGGGUUGAUUAUCAAGACAUUGGAUAAGGAUGCUACAUAUGAGCCAGCAAAGCGGUCAAACAAUUGGUUGAAAUUGAAGAAAGACUACAUGGACAGUGUUGGAGACUCUUUAGACUUGGUGCCAAUUGCUGCUUUUCAUGGAAGAGGAAAACGAACAGGUGUAUAUGGAUCAUUCCUCUUGGCAUGCUAUGAUGAGCAGAAUGAAGAAUACCAAACAAUCUGCAAUAUAGGUACUGGGUUUUCUGAACAACAACUUGAAGAACGAUCUACGAGCCUUCGAAGUAAAGUAAUAUCGAAACCAAAGGCAUACUAUAGGUUCGCUGACACAACUGACCCAGAUGUGUGGUUUGAACCGUCAGAGGUUUGGGAGGUCAAAGCUGCUGAUUUGAGCAUAAGUCCUGUUCAUCGUGCGGCUAAUGGUAUAGUUGAUCCGAAUAAGGGUAUCUCUCUAAGAUUUCCACGUCUGUUGCGAGUCCGCGAUGAUAAAAACCCAGAACAUGCAACCACAUCUGAGCAAGUUGCUGACAUGUACCGUGCUCAAAAAAUAAACCACUCGCAUAACCAAGAUGAUGAGGAUGAUGACCGAGACUGACACCAUUUUUGUAAGUUGAACCCAUGUCUCAUUAAGCAGGGCAGAAUGUCCAGUGAUUUGCUUCGUCAUUGUUCAAAUUUCAAACCUCUUGGGUAUCUUCAGAUUUGUUUUUAGAUGGACACCUUCAGAUUAGUUCACAUGGAACGCUGUUUUUGUCCUCACUUUUCUGGUUCUCGUGUGAUAUCUGUAACACAAUCUAUCCAAGUGGUGUGCUUGUAGGAAAAGUUAUGUCUGCUUGCAAACGGCAAUGUGCACUAACACGACUCAGAAGAUGUACAUACAUGAGCUUCCGGUUAGCAAGAGCAAUGUUGAAGUGUUGAUGCUACUUUUCCUCAAAUUUAUGUUGAAUUAUUUGCCCUGAUAAUUUGUGUAAGCAGCGGUAGGGCUGUUCAUCAGCGGGUUUAAGACUGCAGGCUGAACAGUUUCCAUGGGUUCGCCAAACCUUCUGCAGCGGGAAUGCACAGAGAAACAAAAAAGAUAAAUGCAAGCAUGAAAAGUGUCAGAAAUUUUGUCUUUUGUGUUUUUGUCUUUUUGCGACCUACUCACAUUUGGAUGUCUUUUUUGUAUUUGGAUUUGAAACUUUGUGACAUGUUAGACAUAUAUCUUAUGAACCUACUCAAUUUAUUUCAAAAAUUUUGAA